GAGUGGAGAGUGGUCCCCGGGUGCCCGGCUGUCCUCCUCCGCACCUUGCAGUGGAUUUAACGUCGGUUAAACUGUCGAGUUUAUGGUUUAAACAUUACCGACUUCAUUUGAAUGAGCCAACAAACUGCAAACAGGCAAGAAGACAACCACAGCGCCACUAUCAGCAGCUGUUUUCCGCUGUUUACUCCCCGUUAAAGGCGCUCUGACAUCAUCACCGUCAGCACUGAUAAAGUGACAGGUAUGUCUUCGUCCGCCGCACGAGACACCGUCGUUAAAAAGAAGCACGUUCGUUUUGCCAGCAUGAAGGACGACGAUGACAACGACGAGCAGGAGGAGGACAUCCUGUUUGACAAGAGGAAGGACACCGGCAGAGGGCUGAAGAGUGCGCUGAAAGCGGGCAAGAGGACCACCAAACCGGGAAGCGACGACCGGGUGGAGGUGGUCGGCGGCGGGAGAAGAAGGGGCGGACGCUGGAUGGUCACCCUCGCGCUCUGUGCAUCUUUCCUGGGCUUGGGGAUGAGUAUCUCUAUACUUGGCCCCACGUUCGAGGACCUGGCUGUGAAUGUGAACAAGAACAUCAGCAACAUUUCUUACAUCUUUGUCGGCCGCUCUGCGGGCUACAUCGGGGGUUCCCUUUUAGCAGGCCUUCUCUUCAACUGCAUGAACCCCCAUCUGCUGCUAGGGUUUUCUAUGCUGAUCACAUCAGUUGGCAUGUGUGCUAUCCCUCUCUGUAAGCAGGCUCUGCUCCUCACUGGGCUCAUGUCCAGCAUUGGGUUGUCUAUGGGGAUUCUGGAUACAGGUGGUAAUGUCCUCAUACUGAACACGUGGGGCGAGCAGGCGGGCCCUCACAUGCAGGCGCUGCACUUCAGUUUCGCAGCCGGGGCCUUUGUGUCUCCGAUCAUCGCCAAGCUGCUGUUUGGGCCUGACGGCAACAGCAGUACAGGAGUCCUAGCACCCAACUCCACACUUCCUGUCACUACGGAGCCAAUCACCAAAGCCCCCGACGCAAACACAAUCAUGCGCUACGUCAGCAGCAGGAGCAACACCCUCAAAUCCAUGUGGGCCUACAUCGUGAUCGGCUCCUUUGUCCUUCUCACCUCCUUCCUCUUCUUCAUCCUCUACUGUCACAGCAGCACGACACGUGACAAAGCCCGCACGUCAUCAGGGAAGCUCCUGGUGACCAAACACCACACGGCUCUUAUUGUCCUGCUUUUCUUCUUCUUCUUUGCCUACGUAGGUGCCGAGGUAGCAUACGGCUCCUUCAUCUUCACCUUUGCCAAGGACUAUGCCCACAUGCAUCAGUUCCAGGCAGCCGGGCUCAACUCGUUGUUCUGGGCGACGUUUGCUGCCUGCAGGGGGUUGUCCAUCUUUUUUGCGGCCUGCAUGUACCCAGGCACCAUGAUCCUGCUCAGCCUUGUGGGCUCCACCGUGUCCUCUCUGCUGCUCUGCCUCUUCAGCAGGGAGCAUGCGGCCCUGUGGGUGUGCACCGGUCUGUACGGUGCCUCCAUGGCCACCAUCUUCCCCAGCGGCAUCUCCUGGUUGGAGCAGUACACCACAGUGACAAGCCACACGGCCGCAGCCUUCGUGGUGGGGGCAGCGCUGGGGGAGAUGGUGCUUCCUGCUCUUGUAGGCUUCUUGCAUGGUAAGUUCCAGGAUCAGCCCCUGCUCAUGUACCUCUCGCUCAUCACCGCCACCUUCACCUCCAUCCUCUUCCCGGUCAUGUACAAGCUGGCUUCAGCCCCCAGCGGCCUAAGCAGGAAACCCCGCGUCAGGGGCCGGCCUGAUGCAGAUGACAGCGAAUACAGUCAGGCGCUGCUGGACUCAGGAGCCAAUGACGAGGAUGAAGAGGAUGAAGGGGAGGAGAGAGAGGGGGAGGAGGAGAACAAGGCUGAUCAGUGGAACGACGCAGACUUUGAGGUCAUUGAAAUGGAUGACACAGCAAGUCUCAUCAGUUCACCCAGCAAGGCUUCCCCCUCUCCCGACGUCACAGGUCUCACAGGGAGCUCCGCGGCCUCCAACAGCCAGCUGACAGAGCCUGCAGGUAGAGCCUCUUUCUCUGACACCAUCUCUUUGGUGGGAGAUUCCCCCAGACGCAAACUGCUGCUCUCCCUAGAUAGAGAGAAGAGAGACUGAGGGACUUUAUAUCUCACUAAACAAAGAACCAUGCCUCUACAUGUGUGUGCUCACUUGUUGUCCAGAAGCCUAAAACUCCAAUAGUUAUGAACAGUUGAUGAUUAACGGUGCAUUGAAUGCAACACUGACCGAAACCUGUGCAGCUUAUAACCAUCCACAUUGUGUUGACUGAAAAGACUUGUCAGCAUCUUUAUAGCUUUUGGAGCCCUCCUGGUUUCAGAACUGUCCUGCUACAGAUGGAUUUAAAUCAAAUAAAACAUCAUUGAUUCUCUACAGGGUUUCUGUGUUGGCCUGCUCCCUCCAGUCAGGUCAAAGGUCAGAGGUCCCAGGGCUUGUAGUAUAAUUCAGUGCCUUGCUCGAAGACACACGAACAGAGUGGACUCCUCAAAAACCUGUUUUUAAAAUGUAAAUUCAUUUUUGCACUAUUGCAGUGAUUUCAACAGCAGGAAAUGUGUGAUGAUAGUUGUACGAUAUGAAUGAAGUUUUUGUUGCACUUUUGUAGUUUUUUUGUCUUUGUAAUGUGCCGUGGCUUGUGGAACCCUACAUGACGUGUUGUCACCAAUUUUCUUUUUUAAACUGAGUCAUUGACAGAAGACAUUUUAAUACAUUGACUUUUUAUUAUAUCAAUCUCAAACCUCCACCCACAGCAAUGUUUAUUAAAAACAAACAAAAAAACACCUCCUUCAUUAUUAUUUUUUACAUUUAUACAAAUACACAGAUCCUGUGUACAGCUGUGUUGAGAACUGAAGAUUGGA